AUGAUUUCGUUCCGAGCUGCCCUUUGGAAUCCAUUCAAUCUGGACAAGGUUGAACUACCAUCCUUGGAAAAUAACUUGCCCCAAAACUGCGAGUGUUUGCUCUCAUGUGAACCAGUUUCUCCCGGCUGUGUGGUUUUAGUCGUUGAUGCUGAUGAACCUGUAAUCUGGUUUUGCUACGUUGGAGGGAAGAAAUGGACCAGACAUGAGUAUAGCAUCAUUGUUGAAAAACCAUGGCUACCUUUAUUUCUGUCUUCGAAAAGGCCAUGUGAAGAAGAGCAUCGACGUCGCUGUUCUCGUGAAGAAGUGUCAUCAGAAUUUAUAUUGGAUGGCAACUGCAAUGGGAAAAGAACAAGAAUAUCUAGUGAUGCUGGCCAUGGCAUGAUGGCUGCUGAUCCUUCUGAAAGGAUCCAAAUACGAAGUAUAGUUGCUGUCGAGAGGAAGUUCUAUUUUGAUAUGUCCCCAUCGAAACUUGGAGUUCUUGAGUUCCAUCCAGAGCCAACAUUUACCACACUAGAAUUUGAACGCUUGCCCAUUGCAGAGUACUGUUGGGAAUCCUCGUCCCCUCACCUGGUUGAAUCGCGUGGAAGGCUCUUUCUAGCUGUUCGGGCUCGAGGUCAUCAUCUUUACAAGAUGGAUUUCUCGAGACUUGCAUGGUCCACGGUGGAUGGUCUGUAUGACCAGGUAUUCUUCUUGGGUAGACUACAUUUCACAGCAUCAUAUUCUGCUUGGGAGCUUGGCUUGAAGCAAGGGAACAUAUAUUUCCUAGCGCAUGGUGAGGAUGGUGUGGUUCAACUGACGAAUGCUUUCUUCCCUGGAGACAAAUAUAUGCCCGGCUCCACUUACUGUCCUAGGACCAUCGAUGAUUUGCCGGUUUCAUUGCUGGGUAUACACAAUGUGCUCACUAAAGCUUGUGGUUUUGCCAUCGGAAGUAGUUAG